GGUUUGAUGCUGGACAAUCGUAUUCGAGUAGCUCGAGAUAAACAGACAAAUACGGAGGAUACCCAAUUACACAUAGAAUGGAUGUAUAUGAAACAAAAGAGAAAAGAGCCAAAAAGCAAUUCGCCCGCGCAAUGAGGCUAGGGGGAAGCACAGGAAAAGAUGGACAUGUGGAGCGCAUUCUGGACGAUCGGCCACCCCGACCCAGCAGGGAAUAUUGCUGAGUGCUUUCCCUGUUUGGUGGAGCAGAGAAUAAGCUUAGCAAGUGGUGGACGAUCGAUUCUGCGUCUAGGAGGGAUCAGAGGUUUGGAUCGACAGAUCUGGAGUUGUGUCAGAAGGAGCUUUUUUCAGGAGGGCCUGGAAGAGCAUCGUCAAAUCCCAUCGGCUCAACGCCGCAAAAAUACGAGGUCGAAACAGAAAAACAAUCAUACCGACUUGUAUUUCCCGAAGCCAAAACAAACGGACAGAAAAAAUAAAUAAAAGUCAAGUCAAGUGGAAUGGACGUUCCAGACAGACAGCGAGACCCAGAAAAAAAAGGGGGAGUAGAAAGCGUUGAUGCUCCCUUGCAUCGGGGAAUGCAUGACAGAUGGGGAAUGGAGGGAGAUGGGCAGAAACUGAAAGACAGCGGAGUCGGGGCAGUUGUGAGGCAUCAACCGAUAGGAUCCAGAACCAUUGGAUGGGUUUCCUUAUCGGUUGUCAUAGGAAAUAUCUCCAUCAUCGACUCCCGUCCUCGAGUUAAGGUACUGCCCACCCAGGGACCGGGUACUGCAACCACCACCGGUCUCCGUUGGGAACCAUUGCAGCGAGGACGGCUUACGGCGUCUUCGCGAGUGGUGAAUAAUACACAUGGCAUAUCAGAGUAUGAAUGGCUUGUUCUUCUCGAGCUUCUGCGCCAGACCCGGCCUCUGAUGGCGGAUGAUCCGGCGAUGAUUUGUCGUGCUGACGGGGUCUGAUAAUAACCAUCAAUCUUAUUUCCCUCCGUACCGCUCCUUAUUGUUCGAUCCCCAGGAGAAUCGAAUAAUUACUAUUCAUCUGAUCCCAGGCUUUCCUCCGGACAUACUUACCCAGUAGUACUAAACAAUAAUUUCCACUCGCCCGCUCGUAUUUCCUCGCCAGUCGCCUGUCGCCUUCCCCUCUCGCACGGACACUUCCCCCUCCUCGAUCAAAGAACCAUUCCUCGUCUUCAGACAAACGGUCCCUGGUUUGCCCGGUCGGUCGUCCCUUCCAGCUCAUUCCAGUUGGUCUUCCUGUUGUUUCCCUUCGCUUCCCUCCCCCCCCUCUUCAGGAUCGGGUCAGGUGUUCUUGUCGCUUCGUUCUUUUGCACUUCCCGUCAGAUCGAGGUCACCGACCCGGCUCCAAACCAACCCCGAGGCUGCAAUACGAGACCCUCUUUCUCGUCAAUAUUUUCCCAUUAUUCCCCGCCGGGUAGAUGCAAGCGAGAGACC